GCGCACAUGGGAGAGCGCUGCGUUUUUCCACUUGCGCGCGUAAUGCGAUGGCUUGUAUAUGAGGAGGACACUUUGGAAUGCGGAGAUAAAAUCAAGAGUCUAUAGAGGAGAGAGAGAGAGAAAGAGGAGAAAAAAAGAAAACAGACCGCGACCACAGAGUCGGGCUCCUCCCCGCCACGGCCGUGACACCUCCGGCGGAUCACUGCGUACAGAAGAGGAUGACAGCGUUUUAUUUCCUGUUUGUUUUGGGUUUCUUUUACGCAGCGCUCUAACGCUGCCACUCAUCUUUCUCCCAGGCACGCACUGACUGACUGACUGCAUGGCUUCAGAAAGUUACCGGGAUAAUAACAUGGACAUCUGACGUGCGCCCUCGCAGCGUCAUUGGACCACAUUAAGCCCCCCUCUCUCCAUCACGUCUCGGACUAAUCUGCACUCUUUUCCUGCGUUUGGAGCGAAGGCUUGAGCAGUUGUCACUUUGGCCCUGACACAGGCUACACCCAGAAAGCGCAGAGGGGGGGUUUGACACUGUACGGCGCCACAGGAGACACCAAGUGUUGUUCUUCGUAUUCUUUGCUUUCUGCGCUUGUCUCACUUAUUUCUACAUCUCAGGAGGGGGGAGACAUAUUCUGUCUGGAUCCCCCCCUCACCACCCAGCUACAAAUAAAGCGCCUUUGAUUUAGUAACUUUAGGUUUCCUUCAACCUGCGCAAGUGUCACCUCAUCUGUCCCCACCAGUGAACGAUAAUUUCCUCUUUACUUGCGCAUGUUUUCUCUUUUCCAUUCCUGUAACCUUGAUAGAUCCUCUAAAGGGAAACGGGUCCACAUGUGACCGCGACCAGGUCACCUGUCCCGGUUAAGGCAUCCCCCCCUCUACAUCCCCAUAUUUGACUCCACACUGAGGCGGAAUAGACUAUCCAAGUUUUUGGUGUAGUGAUGCUGCAAGUGGAAAUGAUCCUCUUCAUCUGCCUGAUGCUGCUGAUGUGUGUUCUAAGCCAGGAGCCCGGAUCCAAAGUGGUGGCCGACCGCUACGCCGUCUUCUGGAACCGGACCAACACCAAGUUUCUCCGUGGUGAUUAUCACAUCGAUGUUUGCAUAAAUGACUACCUGGAUGUCUACUGUCCUCAUUAUGAGGACUCUGUGCCUAAGGAACGGACAGAGAGCUAUGUCCUCUACAUGGUCAACUAUGACGGCUACAGUACAUGCGACCACACUGCCAAAGGCUACAAGCGUUGGGAGUGCAACAGGCCGCAUUCCCCCAACGGGCCACUAAAGUUUUCAGAGAAGUUUCAGCUCUUCACUCCCUUUUCUCUGGGCUUUGAGUUCCGACCAGGAAGAGAAUAUUAUUACAUCUCCUCUACAGUGGCUCCAAACGGGAAGAAAACAUGCCUAAAGCUAAAGGUUUUCGUCCGACCAUCAAACAGCUGUGUGAAAACUAUAAGCACACAUGACCGAGUUUUUGAUGUAGAUGACAGAGUAGAAAGUACGUUACCAAGAGAUGAAACUAGCCAUGAAACAGCUGCCCCAUCGCGGAGUGAAACAAAUGCUGCGAAACGUCUACAGACAACAAGUUCUCUGCUUGCUUUGCUGCUGGUCACCCUAGUGGGACUCUUCACUUUAUAGCGCCUCCCUCUGUACUGGAGUUUAUUUACACCUAGCGUGGCCUGAGUCUACCCUAGGCUGCAGGGUAGUAGGUGGGAUUUGGGUGGGUUGUAUUUGCUUGAUUGGGCAUAAAAAAGCAGGCUUCUCAAGAAAAAAAACAAACAUUUUUUUUUCUGAAGAGGAAUUAACUAAGAGAUUUUUCUCCUUCUGUGAGUUAAAAUAGUUGAGUUAGAAGUGGGAGUGAGAAUUCCCCUCUUAAACAUUCAACCAAGAUGCCAAAUUAAAAUUUUUCCCACUUAGUGAUUCUUAUUUUCCCAUGACAUUUAACAUUACCCUACACCGUUUUUAUGUCAUUUCAGUAAUGAUUUUUAACAAGGAAAUAUAGUUUAUAGUGCAUCCAGACAGACUGAUUUUCACACUGUUUAAACAUUGCAAAAGCACAUACAAAAUUAGUAGGAUUUUACAGUGUUAGACAGUUGCAGUAUAUACAGUUUUACACUUUAGAUAAUAGGUCAUAGUGAUGACUGUACAUACAUCAAACAGGAAUAGAAAGUUUCCCUGAUCCCUUUCAACAAGCCCUUCAGAAAUCAGCGUCGUUGGGGUUUUAUGUAUUGGAAACUAUUUCUUAAGCCAGUGGUAGAGCAGAGUUGUUCACCAAUGCAAUGUUUAAACAUGUGCUAAGUAUAUGACAUCCAUCUCAGCCAACUCAUCUACGCCGUCUUGGUGGUGGUCUCUUUCUCCUAAGUGUGAUGAGCUGUUGGAUGUUCUGGGUGAGCAAGUGGAGGCAAACCUCUUUCAUAUUAACAGACGACUCCUCCUUUGUCACAAACCCAAUAAAAAGGCCCAAUAAAACAUUUCUGAAAGGGUUCUGUUCACUCAGACUCACAAAGCCAAAAUUAAAUUGAAACUUUCUCUCCAGACACUUCGUUAACCGCUGUUAAAAUCGAGAAUCAAUACCUUUUGAAACUUGAUAACACAAUUUCACGGCAGCAGUCACAGCCAUUUGUGCAAUGUUUACUGAGCUGGGGUGCAAUUGUUUUCUCUGUUCCAGUUGAGCAUUAGUCAAUAUUAACACUCCCAUAAACAUUUGCAUCUAAAAGUAUUUAUUCCCUGGAUAUUGAUUGUUCAAAAUGUUUCACAGCUUAAACUUUGUGUUGUUUUUAUUUAUCUGUUCGUUUCGAUAAUUAUCAAAUUUAUUAACUGAUCAAACAUUGUCUUUAACCCCUCAGACAGUUUAAACUUAAUUUUAGAUCCAAUUUAAUGAGAAAAACAACUGAUGUGCAAGGAAUGUUUAAAAAGACUGUCCAAUUUACAGUGCCACACUUUUUUUUUCUUUAACGUAAUUAUAGCUCAGUUAAAUACUUGUUAGAGGCUUAUCGGUUUGAUGGUGUUACAGCAUUUAGCAAAGCAUUAUAAGGAUUUAUGCAUAGCUAUAAUUAGUUGAGCUCACUUAACGUAAGACAAAAGAGAAAUGCAUCCAUUAAAUUCAAGGCAGCUCGGUUCAUUCUGUUUAUGUUUCCACUUAAAAUCAAAGUAGUUUACUGAUCAGCAGCCCACUAAACACAUUGUGAGUUAGUAGAAUGAGAUUUUGUUUUUCAUUUCCUUGCAAGGGAUUGGAGUUUCACCUAAAGGUAUAGAUCAGGGUUUCUCUAUUGAGGCUCGCUUAUAUUAAUUAGCACUUAACAUCUUAAAUGCACUUGGUAACUUUUUAGGUGUCUUUAUUUGGUAUUAAUCCAGAUUAAAAGGGCCCAGGAAAGGAAGCUAAUGUCUUUUUUUUUUAUGUCUUAACUAAACUAAUAUUUUUACCACUACUUCAAGGGCUUUUAACUGGUUUUAAUUUUUCCACAAGCAAUGAAUCAUCUCAGAGCAACAUCAUUGCAUUAACGUCUCACAAAUAUCUUAGAAACGCUUGAUUUGCUCGCUUUUUGUUCUAAGUUUUUAUAAAGAUUCAAAUCACAGAAAGACUGGUUAACUUGACAAAUAACAUUUACCUGAUUAGUCCCACAAUUAUUUUCUAUUAAUAACUUUUUAUGAAUUUGUUAAUGCUGUUUUAAGUGGCUAAAACCGGUACCUUUUGUCUUUUCACUGUUAUUCCAACGUUUUGGUAAUUAUAUAGGUCUGUGUUUUACAUUUUCUUGAUAUAUCAAAUUAGAUAGAUUGGAACAAACUGUGCAAUUUUAAAUGUUUUCAAAUAUUUUGAUUGUUCUAGAGCUUCUAACAUCCCAGCAUCAGUUCAAGUUAAAAGAACUUUUUUUUUCUGUGCCAUAGCUUACAGCAAUAAGAAAUGAGAGAAAAAAAUAUAAAAGAUGCACUAGCAUCAGUUGAACACUGGAACCAAUUUGGUUCAAAAACCCUAGAAAUGCCGUAACCAAUCAGAUUUCCAAAAAUAAAAGCAUUCCAAAAAGCACCAUAGAGGUUGAUCUUUAUGAUCUUUUAUGAACCUUUAAACUUUUCUCAUGCUUACAUCGGACAAUAAUUUACAAUUAAGCCAAUAGUUAUUUACUAGCAAAACAGAUGGACUAGGAAAUCCCUUUCCAAUGGGAAACACACACUACUGUAUGGAUGGAGCAUUCAAACCACAUCCAAGCAGAGUAACUAACUACCUUAUAAAAAGUAUUGCUCUAAUAAAAGUUGUAAAAACUGUCAUCUAAAACUACUGUAAUAUUUUAGCGUUUGACCAAUCUGUACUUUUAUAUCAGAUCAUUACUCUAACCUGAAAGACUUGUUUCACAUAGGAAGACAUUUUUUUGCACCCUGCCUCCUACCAUCAUUUCUUGCUGUAACUAUUUUUGUCCUUAGUAUGGAUCACUGCCCUUUGCAAAAGUUAUACUGGUUUAAAGGUUCAUAAGAUUGUGUUCUCAUAAACAGCUUGGCCUUUUUUAGGCCAAGUUAUCUUAGGAUGCUACUGGUGCCUUUCAGUCUUGAUAAUUUUUAAUGUGCUGUUAGAGUAAGCCUCUUGAAUGAGCUAAUCUGGAUUACUGCUAAAUAAAGAUGUUAUCAGAAUUAUAAUCUUUAAACAAAGCCUCACUUGAAAAUUCCUGUACUAUGCCUUUAUUUAUACUGAAUGUAACAUUAUAUCAGAGCAGCAUGGUGAAUGCAAGUUAUUAAAGAUGAACAACAUCGAGCAAAAAUGGAACAACCACACGCCCACCUUCUACUCCCACUGCUACAGUUUAAGUGACUCAUUCCUUUAUGGUGUUCAAUGUGACAGGCACACAGACAUGUUUUAGUUUGGGCACUUUUUUCUGGUUUUGAAAUGAGAUUGUGGAAGUCUUGGCAGGGGGAGGGAAGUGUAGAUUUUCACUGUGGGGAUUAUGGAGGCUCAAUGUCCAGUUUGUGAACGUCUAGUGAGUAAUGGAGAUGAAAUAGAUGAAGAGAUGCUCACACACAUCAAUAAACACAAGUUUGGACAUCAAAUAUAUCUCACAGAAGUGUUAAGUGCCUAAAAAAUAAAUUUAAGACAAAAUCAGCAAAAAUUAAUUUGACACUACAGGACAAAAGAAAAUUAUUCAGUUCAAUACCAAACAAUGGUCUAGCACCAUUUGACCUCAGAUACACAUACUGUUUUGGGUUUGCUUUGUUUUUAUUUUGUGGCUGCCUUUUUUUGCUUUCUAAAUAUAUAUUUUAUUGCAUUUCUGACAAAAACAACAACCUUUGCCUUCAGACAUUUGUUUCUUUAUAAACUGAUUUAACAAUGCUAUUACACAGAAUAGCAGCUCAGUUAUGAGAGGUAUUGGGAGAUGAGGUCAUUUAAUAGGAUACAGAUUUUCAGAAUAUCACCACAGGGAUAUGAGCACUGCAUAAAAUUAAACUUGGAUACUUAUCAGCAAAUUCUAAUCAGAAACCAGUUUUAAUUGUCAUUUUUCCUAUCCUUAUCAUGAUUUGUUCUGCACACAACCUUAACCUGGGAAAUGAGAAUCAACUUAUAUACUGGAUACUGUGUAUCCUGAGGUAGACAACCAUACAACAUAUAGUGUUAGGUUAGUAUCUGUUUUGUACCUUUCUGUAGGACAAAUGAAAAAAAAAAGAUGAAACAAACCAUUGUUAAAAACUGUAUAAUUAUUAUUAUUGUUAUGAUGAUAAUGAUUAUGACUAUUAUUAUUAUUGGGAAAACUUCUUGAUGUAUAUAGUGUUUGAUAUUAAAGUAUUAAUUUGGUUCUUAUGUCUUUUCUAAAAAACAAGAUACCAUAUUAUCUCUGGGUUUUGCGGAGUGUGUACUGUUCUCAAAUAAUGCAUUUUGUGUGCUUUAAUCCUCAAUGCCUAAAGAGACCCUUAAGUUCAAACAAAAAAGGGCAAACCUGUGGAAGCUGCACACAAUGGUGUGCAGUAGGCUGGAAUAUUAGCUAACAAGUGGCUCACCUCUUACAUGUUUUAAACCAGUCAUCAUCUUUUCAUGGAAGGAUCCUGCCUACGAAAAGAAGCAUUUGGGACUCGAUCAGUGGCCUAUUUGUACUUUUUUUGCCUUGAGGGGCUUGAAUGCAUUUUUUUGAACAGAUUGUUGCUUUUUUAUGGAAGGAUCACACCAGUUUCAUUAUGUGGCAUGCGCAUGAACUUGCUAACAUGUAAAAAAAAUCUAAAGUUUUCAAAAACUAUUUUGUUGCUGUUUUCUUUUUCAUUCUGAUGUAAUAGAUUUAUUGAUCGCAGUCAUGUGUGUUUUUGCAUCCCCCAUUUGAGUGACGUCUGACAAAUGUACAUACCACAAGCCAUUGUAAGGACAUUUAAAAGUGAGAUAUGAGGUUUCGGGGCUUUAUCCUGUGUUUUAAAAAGAAAAAUUUGCCUUUAUUUUCCUAAAACGACAGCCUUUGUAAGCUUUGAUAGUGUUUAUCAUCAAUUUUUUUCUAUUUUUUUUCCCAUCACUCCCAGUAGAAGGAAUUUGAGUGGACACGUCAGUGUAGACAUUUUUCAGUGUGGAUUUAAGUUUAAGUUUUUGUGUGUCUCAUUUUUUGUCGCUGUAGUAGAAGAAAAGCAAUGCAUCUUUUUGCCAGCAAAGAGCGUUUCCCAUGCCUUACCCCCUCAGCCUCUAACCCAUUUGUUUUAAAGACACUCUUUGCCUUUGUGCUUGUACACAGAGCAGCUGCUUGCGUCAAAGAGGGUACAACAGGGCCCUUCAGUUUUUUCUCUUUUUUUAAGGAACUCUAAAUCACUUUUUCUUACAGUAGAUGGUGGUCUUAGAUGCAGUUCAAGGAUUAGAGCACCCCACCUACCAAAUCCUGAACUGGGUUGUUACUGGGGUGAAGCCUAUCAUCGAUCCAUGCUCUGCACAGGGUAAAGCUUCUUAGUACUUCUUUUUUCUUUUGCUGAUUUAAACACUUGUUCAUUUUAUGUUCUGCCUCUGUUCUACUUGUGCUCAUAUGACCCCUACCUACGGUCCCCUUUCCCUCACCUUUCAACUCCACUACAGCUUUUCCAUCAGUGGGGACUGUUUCCAAACUGCUCUUUUACAGUAUAUAAAAGGACAAGAAAAUUUGACAGCAAAAUGAUCUGUAUUUGUAUAUACACGUGUCUGAGCAACUAUGAGAACUACAAUAAAACAUUGCUUUGAUGAUUGUAAUACUAUCUCAAUUCUUU